UAUUAUUGUGUACUGCGAGAGUUAUUAACCAUUAUGCAAUUUUAAAAAAUUGCCAAUUUGGUUCCCUUUAAACCCAACCGGACUCGUGCGAGUGAGGUUCACUUUAAAAAAUUGUUGCCAAUUUGGUUCACUUUAUACACUACAUGAUGAACUGAUCAAGACGGAGCAGCUUCUGAUUCACGCUACACUUUUCUUGACAAAAAGCCUUUUGAUUCUUAUUACUAUUCGAUUCCUGGACCAAAGUCCCUUUUAGUUGUUAGGAACUGUUACUGUAUUAUCAACCCAAAUACAACCCAUUUCGCUUAGAAACACAAAAAUAUACUUGUAAUUUCUACAACCGAAAUUGCUGUGCUGAUCCUUCAAUGCGUACAAUGGCGGCGGCGGUGGUUUUGCGGUGGUUAAUUGUCGUCGGAGGCGUCGCCGCCACGGCUUUGCUACUUGCCUGCCGCGCUUCUGACGAGCCUCUAGUUUCCCGAAUUGCCUUUGGAUCAUGCGCUGACCAAAGUGCUCCCCAGCCUAUUUGGAAUGCAAUAAUCAACUUUGAGCCCCAAGUUUUUAUUUGGCUGGGUGACAACAUUUAUGGAGACACUAGGCGCCCCUUCAAGUUUAUUGGGAAGGAAAGAACAAUUGGGCCGUGGAAGAAUGCUCCAAGGUUUUUCCCCUCCUCCGAGCAUGAAAUGCAGUCCAAGUAUAAGAUGGCUAAGAGCAAUCACGGUUACUCUCGUCUUAGAAAGAUGACAAAGGUAAUUGGCACAUGGGAUGAUCAUGAUUAUGGACUAAAUGAUGCAGGAAAAGAAUUUGGUGGGAAAAUUACAAACCAAAGGCUUCUACUUGAUUUUUUGGAUGAACCCCAAGACAGUCCACGGCGCAAACAGGCUGGUGUGUACGCAUCAUACACAUUUGGCCCUGUGGGUAGACAAAUCAAGGUUAUUCUCUUAGAUACUAGAUACCAUAGAGACCCUUUGUCCAGCGAUGGAAAUAUUUUGGGGAGUUCGCAAUGGACAUGGUUGGAGAAAGAGUUGAAUGGUCUUCCGUCAGCCAUUACUGUUAUUGGUUCUUCUAUUCAGGUCAUCUCAAAUCUUUCAGCAACUACCGGCCCUUUGUUUUAUAUGGAGUCUUGGGGACGUUUCCCGAAGGAGAGGAAUCGUCUUUUUAAAUUGAUAUCUGAUAGUAAGAGAAAUGGAGUCUUCUUUAUAAGCGGAGAUGUUCACUUUGGAGAAAUUACACGACAUGAUUGUGCUAUUGGUUAUCCCCUGUAUGACAUAACCUCAAGUGGGCUUACUCAAGCUGUUGAGAAGACAGUCCCACCCCCAUUACAUUUCAUAGUGAGAUUUGUGGCAUGGUUGACGCCAACUACAAUGAGAGUUAUGGACAAAAGUUGCAGAUUCAGGUCAUGCACAUAUGGACAACCGAAUUUUGGAGCAAUAGUGAUAAAUUGGGAUGCUACUCCAGUGAGUUUGAAAGUUGAAGUGAGAGAUGCAAAUGAUUUGCCUGUUACGAGUGUGAAUAUCUCCCUAUUGGAACUCCAAGCCCAAAGAAUAGACUCUAAUACCACGAGGAAAGCAAGAGGAUCUCAGAAACACUGUUCUCUUGAAGUCUCUCUACCGUGGAUGGUCAGAUAUCGCUUGGCUAUUUUGUUCUUUUUUGCUUUAGCUGUGUUUCUUCUUGCUGUGAUAGCACUCAGUUAUGUGGUUGUAUCAAUGUGUGUGCAAUGCUUGUCCAAGUGCAAGAUUGAUUGACUGAUUGGGGUAUGCUAAUUUACAAUCAACUAAUUCAGAAGUAUACGGUCACCGAGGUCUAGUAAAUUUCUUUACUUUUUAUUUGUAAUUUUGACUUGUUAUCCGGAAUUUGCAUUAUCAAUGUCACAGUUCCAGAUUGAUUAUGUCACCAUGUUGUAGAAGCAAUGAUAAUACACAUAGAUACAAUGUAUUGAACCAAGAGGUAAAUUGCAAAUAUCUAUGUUUGUGUAAUAUGUGUACAACUGCAAAAAAAAUUGAAUUUAAGCUAUAAUACAUGUA